AUGACAGUGGAUGGAUCGUUAAAGAAACGAAGAGUUGGUUCUUCCGGCGCUGUUAGGAAACAUGCUUCCAGAAUAUUUUCUCCGUAUAGAAUUGUAGGUAAUGUAUCUACUGGAGUUCCUUAUGCGAUUGGUACCCUAGGUACGACCUUCUACAUUGUGACUUCUGUUGGUAAGUCGUUUCAGAUCUUUGAUGCCAAUAAUUUGCAUCUGCUAUUCGUUUCAGAUAAGGAGACAGAGGGAGACAUUACUUGUUUGGCAGCGCAUUUUCAUUACGUUUAUGCAAGUUUUAAGAAUAAAGUUGGGAUCUAUAAGAGAGGUAAGCUAGAACAUUUGAUUGAAUUACCUGAUCCAAAUACCGUGGUGACCAAAAUUAACGUUUUCGGUGAAUAUUUGAUUGCUUCUACAGAUAAUAAUGUUGUUUAUAUCUAUAAGAAAAAUUCCCCAUCUGAUAAAUUCGCUACUGAAUUAUACACCAAUUUCACCAUUGGUAAGUUACAAGGUGGUGAUAUUGUUGAUUUGGUGCAUUUACCAACAUAUGUUAACAAGUUGCUCGUUGUGACUAAGUCUAAUUUCACCUUGUUUAACGUUCGGACCGGAAAACAAUUGUACACUUCCGAUGAGUUCCCCGAUGAGAUCACCACUGCUGAACCUGCACCUGCUUUAGACAUCGUUGCCUUUGGUACAUCAUCUGGUGAAGUUAUUUUAUUCAAUUUGCGUAAGGGUAAGAAAAUCAGAACCAUUAAAACGCCGACGAGAAUUUCUUCAAUCUCUUUCAGAACGGAUGGUGCUUCUCAUAUCUCAGUAGCAUCAACCAGUGGUGAUUUGAUCUUUUAUGACUUAGAUCAUCGCUCACGUGUUCAAGUGUUAAAAGGCAUUCACAAGGAAGUGAAUGGUGGUGUUGCAAGAGCAUCAUUCUUGAACGGUCAGCCGAUCGUUGUCACUUGUGGUGGUGACAACCAGUUAAAAGAGUUUGUUUUCGAUCCAUCCUUAUCGCAAGGUGACUCUGAAGUGGUCAUUCAACCAGCCAGAUUAUUAAGGUCAAGAGGUGGUCACUCUCAACCUCCAUCCUCUAUUGCAUUUGCUGACGAUCAAUCUCAUUUCAUUCUUUCUGCUUCAAAAGAUAGAUCUUUAUGGGGGUUUUCCUUAAGAAAAGAUGCACAAUCGCAGGAAUUAUCGCAGCGUCUGCAUAAGAAUAAAGAUGGAAAUAGGAUUGGUGGAAGCACCAUUGGUGAGAAGUUCCCUGAGAUUACAUCAAUAGUCAUCGAAAAUAACAGACAAGGCCAAUGGGAAAACAUCUUGACGGUUCAUAAAGGGGAAAAGUUUGCAAGAACAUGGAACUCGAGAACAAAAAGAGUUGGUAGGUGGACAAUCCCAACUAAUGAUGAGGGGUUUGCGAAGAGCGUAGCUAUAUCACAAUGUGGUAACUUUGGUUUAGUUGGCUCUUCAAACGGUGGUAUUAGUGUUCACAACUUACAAAGUGGACAGAAGAGAAAGGUUUAUCGUUUACAUAAGAAGGCAGUUACUGGUAUUGCAAUGGAUGGUAUGAACAGAAAGAUGGUGUCAUGUGGGUUAGAUGGUAUUGUCGGAUUUUAUGACUUUUCCAAAAGCACUUUUUUGGGAAAGUUAAAGUUGGAUUCACCUAUAACAUCAAUGGUAUACCAUCGAUCAUCUGACCUCUUCGCAUUAGCAUUAGAUGACCUUUCCAUUGUUGUCGUAGAUUCGGUUACUCAAAAAGUGGUCCGUCAACUCUGGGGGCAUUCCAAUAGAAUUUCAUCAUUUGACUUCUCACCUGAUGGACGUUGGAUCGUUUCUUCGUCAUUAGAUUCCACAAUUAGAACCUGGGAUUUACCAACAGGUGGAUGUAUAGACGGUAUGAAAGUGGAAAAUGUCAUCACUAACAUUAAAUUCUCACCAAAUGGUGACUUAUUGGCUACCACUAGUGUAUCUGGUAAUGGUAUUUCCCUCUGGGCUAAUAGAGCUCAGUUCAUUUCAGUAUCAACCAGACAGAUCGACGAAGAAGAAUUUGCCACUGUUAUGCUUCCAAACGUUUCCGGAGAUGGUGGUUCCAACUUUUUGGAAGGGGCUUUUGAUACAGAGGAAGAUGAUUCCGAAGAUCUCUUUGGUAAAUAUGACUCGAUGGAGCAAAUUGAUAAAGAUUUAUUGACUCUUUCUUUGGGACCAAGGAACAAGAUGAAUAUCUUACUCAAUCUCGAUAUAAUUAAACAACGUUCGAAACCAAAGGAGGCUCCAGUUAAACCAGAGCAGGCUCCAUUCUUCUUACAACUUGCAAAAGAUAAGGUGGGCGAUGAGGCUUCAGCCAGGGAAGGCGCUGAGAAUUUGAGUUUGGAUUCCUCUAAACUACAACAGGAGCGAAAUGCUGCCAAAGCUAAUGCUGCUAGUGAACUGAAUAAAUUCAAACCUUCAGGAAAACUUGGUGCUCAGUUCGAAUCUGAUUUCACUAAGCUACUUAGAGAAGGUUCGCAGAAAAACGAUUAUUCAGCAUUCCUUGACGAAUUAGUCCAGAUGACUCCCUCAAAUAUUGAUUUGGAGAUUCGUUCUUUGAAAGCUUUUCAACCAUUUGAUGAGCUAUGUCGGUUCAUUGAAAGUUUGGCUCAAGGUUUGGCUACCAACAAGAACUUUGAGUUAUAUGAGGCAUAUAUUACCAUCUUAUUCAGAGUGCAUGGUGAUGUAAUUCAUUCUAAUAACACAAAUCAAAAUAUCAAGACUGCUCUGCAACAUUGGGAUACCAAUCACCGCAAGGGCCAAUCAUUGGAUGAAUUGGUAAAAUUCUGCGGCAGCGUAUUAAGUUUUGUAUCCACCUCUACUUAA